AUGCAGAGUAGUAUGUACACUUCGAGGGCGAGUCUGGUAGAGUUGGCCGCGUCGGUUGAGGCGGAUCUUGAGUGGGCCAGUUGGUUCCGGUGGCUGUGCCGUCAGCAGUUGCUCCUGCUACCCAGCCUCGGGGUCAGCAUCAGCAGCAGCAGCAGCAGCGCAGAGGUGGUUCGAGUUUCAGUUCUGGUUCUGGCAGGGGCGGUUUGCCUGCGCAGGAGGGAGUCAGCACCGAGGGUGUGUUACUACUGCAAGGAGCCUGGGCAUAUCAAGCCCAUGUGUCCUAAGUUGCGGAGUAUGUCGGUGGCUUCGGUUCAGCCAGUAGCGGCUCAGCCAGUGAGUCAGAUCGCAGCAGUGCAGCCGUUGGGUCAGAUUGCACCGGCGCCGCGGGGUUACUCUUCAGUGGAGACUGGCGGGACUAGUCAGACCGGGCAGAUCACAGUCAUUUUUAUCUGUGAUAGUCUUGUGGAGGUUCUCAACGCAAUUGAAUGUGUAGGGACCUUGUUAGUGGGCGGUUUUGAGUCCCACGUUUUAUUCGACUCUGGAGCAUCGAAUUGCUUCAUUACACCGGAGCGUGCCGAGAAGAGUGGCAUCCGGAGUAGCGCGGGCGAGAGCGCGGGCAUGGUCAAGGUGGCGGGAGGUGGAUUCUUGUCUACUUUGGGCCGUGCUAGAGGAGUCGAGAUCGAGAUUGCGGGGCAGUCAAUGCCAGCAGACUUAGUCAUCAGUCCGGUGGAGCUGUAUGACGUUAUUCUCGGGAUGGACUGGUUGUCACACUACAGAGUUCAUCUGGAUUGCUACAGAGGUAGAGUGGUCUUCGAGCGAGAUGCAGGGAGGUUGGUUUAUCAGGGAGUGAGACCGACUUCCGGGAGUAUUGUGAUAUCUGCUAUUCAGGCCGAGCAGUUGUUAGAGCGGGGCUGUGAGGCGUAUCUGGCGACGAUUUCUAUGUCUGAGUCAGGAGCUGGAGUUGUUAUGGGAGAUAUUGAGGUUGUCCAGGAUUUUGAGGAUGUCUUUCAGUCACUGAAGGGAUUACCACCAUCUCGGUCUGAUCCUUUCACGAUUGAGUUAGAGCCGGGGACAGCACCGAUAUCGAAGACGCCUUACAGGAUGGCGCCAGCUGAGUUGGCAGAGCUGAAGAAGCAGAUAGAGGACCUUUUGUCUAAGGGGUUCAUUCGACCGAGUGUUUCACCGUGGGGAGCACCGGUGUUGUUUGUGAAGAAGAAGGAUGGCAGUUUCAGACUUUGUAUCGAUUACAGAGGUCUUAACCGAGUCACUGUGAAGAACAGGUACCCACUCCCGAGGAUUGAUGAGUUGUUGGAUCAGUUGAGGGGUGCUACUUGGUUCUCCAAGAUUGACUUGGCAUCGGGGUAUCAUCAGAUCCCGAUAGAUGAGGCAGAUGUCAGGAAGACUGCUUUCAGGACGCGUUAUGGGCAUUUUGAGUUUGUGGUUAUGCCUUUCGGUUUGACUAACGCGCCGGCAGCCUUCAUGAGAUUGAUGAACGACGUGUUCAGGGAGUAUUUGGACGUGUUUGUCAUCAUUUUCAUUGACGAUAUUCUGGUAUACUCGAGGAGUCAGGAGGAGCAUGCGACUCACUUGAGGUUGGUUCUGGAGAAGCUUCGGGAGCAGAAGCUUUUUGCUAAGUUGAGCAAGUGCAGUUUCUGGCAGCGAGAGAUGGGAUUUCUUGGCCACAUUGUUUCUGCAGAGGGAGUUUCUGUGGAUCCGGCUAAGAUUGAGGCUAUCAGAGAUUGGCCUAGACCUAGUAGUGCCACCGAGAUCAGGAGUUUUCUGGGUUUGGCAGGAUACUACAGGAGGUUCGUCAAGGGGUUUGCUACCAUGGCGCAGCCGAUGACGAAGUUGACCGGGAAGGAUGUCCCGUUUGUUUGGUCAGCUGAGUGUGAGGAGAGCUUUAGUCAGCUCAAGGAGAUGUUGACUACUACACCAGUGUUGGCGUUACCCGAGCCAGGGAAGCCUUACAUGGUGUAUACAGAUGCUUCAGGCAUUGGUCUUGGUUGUGUGCUGAUGCAGGAGGGCAGAGUGAUAGCAUAUGCUUCGAGACAGUGGCAGGGCAGUGAGCGUAACCGUCCUACACAUGACUUAGAGUUGGGAGCAGUGAUCUUCGCGUUGAAGAUUUGGAGGUCUUACUUGCUAGGUGAGACAGUACAGGUCUUCACGGAUCACAAGAGUUUGCAGCAUAUCUUCACUCAGCCGAUGAUGAACGCGAGACAGACGCGCUGGGUUGAGUUCUUGGCGGACUAUCAGUGGGACAGGAUUACGAUGGAUUUCGUGGUUGGACUACCUGUUUCGAGGACUUUCGAUGCUAUCUGGGUGAUUGUGGAUCGGUUGACUAAGUCCGCACAUUUCUUGGCCAUCAAGAAGACAGAUGGAGCUGCUGUUUUGGCUAGGAAGUUUGUGCGAGAGAUUGUGAGGCUGCAUGGAGUGCCAGCUAGUAUUGUGUCAGACCGUGAUCCCAGAUUCACUUCAGAGUUUUGGAGGGCUUUUCAGGCAGAGAUGGGCACUAAGGUGCAUCUGAGUACAACUUAUCAUCCGCAGACAGAUGGUCAGUCAGAGAGGACUAUUCAGACUUUGGAGGAUUUGCUGAGGAUGUGUGUGUUGGAUUGGGGUGGCCAUUGGGCAGAUCACCUGAGCUUAGUUGAGUUUGCAUACAACAACAGCUUUCAGGCGAGUAUUGGCAUGGCUCCAUUUGAGGCUUUGUAUGGGAGGCCAUGUAGGACACCCCUAUGCUGGACCCAAGUGGGGGAGCGCAGCAUGUAUGGAGCUACUUAUGUUCAGGAGACGACAGAGAAGGUCCGUGUUGUGAGGCUGAACAUGAAGGAGGCUCAGGACAGGCAGAAGAGUUAUGCAGAUAGACGCAGACGAGAGCUUGAGUUUCAGGUUGGAGAUAGAGUUUAUCUCAAGAUGGCUAUGUUGAGGGGUCCUAACAGAUCCAUAGCAGAGAACAAGCUGAGUCCGCGUUUUAUGGGUCCGUUUCCAGUAGUGGAGCGAGUUGGGCCAUUGGCUUACAGGCUGGAGUUGCCUGAGAUUAUGAAAGCCUUUCACAAGGUUUUUCAUGUGUCGAUGCUGAGGAAGUGUCUUCACCCUACAGAGGAGUUAGUGGCUAGGAUUCCAGAGGAUCUUCAGCCAGAUUUGACAGUGCCGGCAGUGCCUGUGAGGAUUUUAGAGAGGAGGGAAAAGGUUCUGAGGAACAAGAGGAUUCCCUUACUGAGGAUUUUGUGGGAUUGCAGUGGUUCUACAGAGGAGACUUGGGAGCCAGAGGCAAAGAUGAAGUUGAAGUUCAGGAAGUGGUUCGACAAGCAGGUCUUUUUGGAGCACUUUGGAGCAUUGGGACGUGAGGAGCAAGGAAGGACUUGGUGCAUGGAUUCAGCUCAACCGCACAAGCUUAGGAUGAAGAAGGAAGCCGUCUUGAAGUCAGCUCGACCCAUCUACUCGACCAACCGGUCGAGUUCAACUCGACCGGCCAAGUUCCAACUCGAUCGAGCUGCGGAGUCAAUGGCGAUUUUCCUCAUGGAAGUGUUGGGAAAUCGCUUGAAAAGGUCCACUAAGAGCUCCAAUAUGCUUGCUCUCGAAAUGGAGUUUAUAGGUGUUGGAUGGGUUAGUUUGAGCAAUGAUCCUACUGCCUCUAAGGCUUGA